AUGAGGGCCAUAUCUUUAGUACAAAAGUUAGAAUUUGAAUUUUCUGGCAAUAUUGCCAGAAAUGCUGUGACACUAGGGGACUUAGAUAAUGAUGGAUGCAAUGAGCUUGUUAUAGGAAAUGAUGAAGGAGUGAUUGCCAUAUUUAAGGGUAAAGAAAAAAUCCAAACCAUAACAGGCCUUACUUUUGUAGCCUGUGUAGAAAUAGGUGAUAUAAGAAAUGAAGGUAAAAACAGCCUUGUAAUUGUAACAGCAGACGGUUGGUGUCACAUUUAUGAGGUUCAUAGUCAAGAAGAGGAAUCUACUUCAGAUGAAGCUGAAAUAAACGAAAGUGUAGAUGAAGUUGAUGGCCAGGGUCCAUCUUCUGCAGCUGCUACAACUGAAACGCAAAGCAGCAGUGAAUCAACUCUUGAUAGUGAUUUGAAAAAUACAAAAGUACUGAAAACCCCACUAGUUUGUGUUCAUAUACAGCGAAUACCUGCUAAUAUUAAAAAUUUAUUAUUAGGAGAUGUAGACAGUGAUGGACAAAUUGAAGUGGUUGUGGGUCUUACAGACAGGGUUAUCAGAUCCUAUCGGUUUGUUAAAAAUCCUUGUAAGACUACUAAUGAUUUUUUCAAGGAAAAUGCUAAACCCGAAGAAAAAUUUUUAGGUAAAUUAGUUGCCAUAAAUAAAUGGGAAUGUGCCAAUCAAAUAGGAUCAAUUACUUUGCACCAUUCCUACAAUGGAAGGCCAUCUAUUUUAGUAGGCCAGCCUGGUGGUACUUUUAUGAGGAUACGGUGCCAAAUGGAUGAAGGAGAAGAAGAACUUAAUAGGAGCGAUGGUUCAAAUAAUGGAAAUCUGCCAGGCUCCAUCGACUAUCAAUUCCUAGGAAUCUCGAGAAUGCGUAAUCCAAAUAUUUCUACUGAAAUUCUAGGCGAUUUGAAAAGCUAUGCUAGUGCUGAGAGUGUAGGGAAAAUUGGAGAGAGCACCAAUAUUAGUCCACCUUAUGCUUUGGCAACACUAGAUGGCACCAUUAUGCUAGUCCAGGACGAAGUUAUUUUGUGGGCUAUAGCUGUUGAUCAUCAAGUUUUCGCCCUAACCAAGCUAGAUGUCACUCGUAAUGGCUCAGAUGAUAUUGUGGUAUGUUCCUGGGAUGGUCAAACGUAUAUUUUGGACCAAAGCAAAAAUUCAGUAAGGUUUCAUUUAGAGGAACCUGUGAGAGCUUUCCAGAGCGGUUGGUACUAUUUGAACCCUGACCAACCAUCUGUGACAGCAUUGGUUUAUGUUACUUUCAAAAACACUAUUAUCAUCUAUUACGAUAUACCACUUAAAAAUUUAAUUUGUAAAAAGUUUGAGCCAGACGAAGCUACUUUGAGCCAAUUGUUUGUUGACAAGAGCCGAAAUCCUGAACAAGCCUUGGAAUAUGUGAAAAAUAUGGAUAAAAAAUCCAAGGCUGAAUUGGUUUCUUCUCUUUUAUAUGAUGAUUAA